UUUGAUGGUGCAAAACUGCGUGUGGUUGUUCGGUUCCUCUUUAUAAAACGACCGGCGUUACUACUUAAAGUUAUGUAGAACAGUGCAGACAGAUCGUAGGUUGAUUUUAAUCAUUUUAUUUCAAAUAAAAUGGAGGAUUUUACACAUGUGUAUAGGUAGUUGCAAGACGAUCUAAUUGGAGUGAGACUAUAAUAACGACAUAUGCACUUCUGUAAUUUGCCUUGGGUUACAUAUUAUUCCGAGACACGUGGAGUAUGAAUGGAAGCAGCGAAAUAAUUUGAUUUAUCCCUAAGUAUAAUUCUUGUAUAUUUUACUGCGGGUAGCAUUUUGUUUGUAUUGUUGCAUUUUUAGUGACCAAUUGCGGGAAUGUGCCCUAGGAUUUUCUGUAAGCGAUUACCUAUGCCUAUAUUCCAGACAGUCUGAAAAUAUGAUGAGCAGUGCGGUGUACUUCGGAAGCAGCGAGUCCUCGGCAUAUGCCGAGAGGGACGCUUCUGAAUCGUGGUCGGGGAGCCCCGGCGGUUCCGCCCCAAAUGUGGGUCGUGUCCCUGGUCUCGGCUCUCCCGAGCCCUGGAAGACCGAGGAGAACAGUGGCGGUGAUUCAUACCCGCCCUUCCGAAGUGAAGUGGCGCUCCGUCCCCUAACAGAUAGGUGGAGUUCGCCUCCUAAAGAGGGCACAGCUCUGAAAGCAUACUGCCAGGCAAAGAUCAGGCGGGUUAAAGUAUCUGCAAACCGGAGUCUACCUGCACGUCACCUGCAAAGGGCCCCAGAGCCGUCCGCAGACCCAGAGGGCUGCCCGGUCCCUCUGCACUUUAUAGCUACGCUGAAGCUCAAGAGUUUUACAGCACGGCUGAAACAGUUAUCUCGGGUGGAUAUGCACACACCCUCUCACUGCAGAGCUUGUCAGGACCAACAGGCUAAACUAGCAACUCAUACCUUCAUCAGAACAAAGACAUCCCAACUAGAGUCACAGCUGAUGAAGGAGAAAUUGGACUUGCACAUCUAUAAUAACAGCUCAAUCUCACUGGUAGGGGAGCUGUUACGAAGUCUUCCAAAGUCUUCUGAUGACCCAGUCAAAAUCUGGCGAGCUUUGGGAGCAAGAGAACGGUGGAAUCCCAGAUGACCGGGAAACUUUCCCCCACAGCUGUUUUGGACGUUCAGUCAUUGUAAAGCCUUUGUCUCUGUUUUCAAAGUUUCUUAGUACUCUAAAUGUGAAAUUGAGGUCACACUAUGAGAUAAAUUGAUUAGUACAUUGAAAAUAAAUAGUUCUUAACCAGUACAAUUGAUCAGUUAUGGCCUUUCUCUUUAUUGUGUGGAUGUCAUAGUCACAUUUGAUGCAUUUUUUUUUUACUUUUUACCAGUAAAAGCUGUUCAGCAAUUUUUUGUAGAGAUUUCUAUAGGUGCUUUUCCACUGCAACCAAGAACCAAGCCACACUGCAAAUUUGCAGUUUUCCACUGUAAAAUAUGUAACUGUGCUGACACGGCCCUGCUUACUAGUAAGGCUGUAAGCAUGACCAAACUGAGUUGGUUGCAUCACCACCAUCUGAUUGGUCGAAAUGCAGGGCGAUACCGGUCUUCUGUACAUGGAUUAUCUGAAGGAAAAAGCACAUAUUCUGUACGUUAUUCAUUAUUAGUAGUAUUGAUCAUCAUGAUAUAUGAUGUGUGAUACUAUUAUGUAUGGUGCACAAUGGAUGAUAUAUGUUAUUCCUGGUAACUCAGAACUGGAAAAUUUCCAACCAUCUACUUAAAUGAUGAACACGGCAGUUUUCGCAGAUGUGCUAGAGAAUUAGCAAAUAGUAAAUCCUGAUGUUCACUGUAUGAUCAGUAAAUAAGCAUCUCUUCAGUUUUACUUUGCUGUCGCUCUCCAAACUCGGCAACACUUUCACCCAGUCGACCCUUCUGCAGUGGAAAACCGAAGGAAGCUGUAACUGCACUGUAACUAGUGUCUCUCCUCAGUAUGGCACGUGUACGGCCUGGUUCCUGUACGCCAGUGGAAAAGCACCAUAUGAUUUCAUACAACAAAGUAACAAAGUACAAUACGCAGUGUAUCAAGAUAAAUUUUAAACAUUGAGCUUAAUAAUAUGGCUUAACUUUACAGUUACUCCACAAAGAACAGAACAAUAGAAUAAUAAAAUGCGUGGCGUAGACAGUAUUUACUCAUCAUGAAUCUUAAUGUAUGUGAUUUAAUUGUAACUGAAGUUCUGAAAAUAAACAGAACUGGUAAUUCA